AUGGGUGCAUUUCCCAUUCCUACCCUGCAUGUUCUGGGCAGCCCAACUGGAGGGAGAGGAGCUGACAGACUUGCAGGUAGACCCCAGCCCUCUCUUCUCAUCUGGCCCCUUCACAGGCCCGUCCAGCUCUUUCAUCCUUGCCUGGAGGGAGAAAAGCAACAGCAGCUUUUGCAGAGGGUGCUGGCCCUGGCUUGCUCUUUCCGACUUAAACUUCUUUUAACUCCAGGGUGGGAGAAUUACCUUGAUCUCUGGACUGGAGAGUUCAGGUGGGGGAGCUGGGACAAAGGAGCAGGUGCUAGGAAGCUGCCCUUUCCCCCACAACAGGCUGAUCCUAAAGAGCGGUAUGCCAUCUCAGAGCUCUUAACAGACUUGGAAAGUUGCAAUGCCCGCCGGGUCCUGCUCUUCCUUGACCAGAGCUAUCCAGGGCCAUUGGUAAAGAAGCUUCAGGCAUCACAGCGCCAUCCCAAUGUAGUGCUGGUGCGUAGCACCACCGCCAUCCGAAGUGGAUCAGCUUUUGCUGAAUUCUGGGCAGGACUGCAGCCUGACCAGUGUCUACUUCAGCACGCCUUGCCGGUGGGUUCAUGGUCUGCAGUCUUGGCCUCUGGUACUCCAGUCCAGCUGCUCAAUGUCACAUUAGCAGGAGCCCCCUGCCAUUCUGUGCCACCCCUAGGAGAGGAGGAACGCCAGCGUCGCUACCAAGGCUGCCAGAAUCUUCCCACCAUGUUGUGGUAUCAGAGCAGGCACCAACAGGAACUACAGGAGGAUGACUGAUCAUGGUGGGCACUAUCUUGGGGUUGUCUACAAAACCCAGAGCCUUGUUCUGUACCCAGAGGGCCUUUCCUCCAAGGAGCUUUUUGGCUUUGAGGGACCCAAAUGGAAUUAACACCAACAGGCCUCCAAUGGGUGGAUGUGAGACUGUUACUGAACAUUGCCAUAGUAGGGAGAAACACUCCUAGUAAUCUGUCUGCAUUGGACUCUACAAAGCUAUUCCACUUUCCAAGGCAAAAAAGAG